GGCGCUUGGGAGGCAGUGGCGCAGAGAGAUUAGCUUUAGGUACCAGCACCGGAGGAGACCAGAGAGUGAUGUGAUCUGAUACGGGUAGCUACGGGAGGACUCGCGCUUAAAAAGCUGGAGUCACUUCUCUGUCCUAUAUCAGUGUCGUCGUUGAAGUGUCGUCGUGGCAUAGAAGCACGAUUGUCAAACGCGUUGACCUCUUGACCCCUCGUCAGUCAUGAUGUCCGUCCACACCCCCCCUCUCUCCCGCAGUGGCUCCUCCCCUUCCUCUGUCGGCCUGGCCAAUCGCAGCGGUCCCCCUGCCGCCCCUCCCACCUCCCUCAGCCUGCGCUCCUCCUACAAUCAACUCCUGGGUUGUGAUGUUAUAAAGGAGUCCCCUACUGCCAUGGAAACGGGGAGUUCUGCCACUUUACCCAAGAGCCGCCAUAGAUACGCCAUGACUAGCGUGUGUAGCGCCAUGGGCCUGAGCGACACCCUCGCACCUCCCGCCCAAAACCAGCCCCCCACCGGUGGCAAGCGCCUCCCCACCAAGUCCUCUUCAUCCUCUGCUCUUUACUCCUCCUCCUCUUCCUCAUUCUUCUCCACCAACCCCAAGCUGGCGAAGAAUGGUGCCAACCUGCAGAGGAAGGCCGAGACCCAGCAACAGGAGCAGAGUAAGACCAACACAGAGUUCAAAGGGCAGGAUGAUAUCAUCACCCCCAUACACAGCUCUGAUUGGCUGGAGGGGGAGAAAGACAACUCCCAGGCCCCACCCCCAUUCUGUCGGAGGACCAAGAGUUUUCUGGAGUUCCGUGAGAAGGAAGUGGACCCUCCUAGUUUAGAAAACAAGGAAGAAGAAUGUCCCAACAAGGAAGAAGAGGAAGAUCAGGAAGAGGAUGAGAAGCACUCCUGCCCUGAGAAAGAUCAGGUCAGCCCGGAUAAAGAGAGAGAGAGACCUGAGGAGGAAAAACAGACCCCAAAACGGGAGGAUUACAUAGAGGAAGAGGGUGCCACUCCAACUGCUAAUCAGUCUUUGCUACAGGGGGCACAAUCUCCCCCCAUCUCCCCCCAAAACAACCUUAACUGUGCCCAGGAGAACAAGAUUCAGUGUUUUCCCCCUCCCCAGGGCAGAAAGGAGGCCUUAAACCAGGCCCAGGAUCACCCACCCAGGGUUGAGACGCCCCCAAACCCUCCCGGAGUGCCCAGGCCCCCCCGCCCAGGGUGA